GUUCAGGGUUUUAUAAACUUGCUCUUCUUCAUCUUCUCAAUCUCACUUGAAAUCCGAACAUGGUUGUCUCAAAGGUUAACAAAAGCUUAUUAAGUUCAGUCUUCAAAUCCCGUAUUAGACCCACCGGCGAAUCUUCAAUUGCUUCCGGCAACAAAGACAUCGCCGGAACUUCUCAAGCUGUCAAAGAUCUUCUCUCUUCCAAAAACUCUUCCUCAGAUCUUGAGGAAGCAUCAUUACAAGAUCGAGUAUCGAAAUUGUUACAUGGUAUGUGUUGCCAAUUUUGUCUAUUUUCUUCAACAAACUCUCAUUCAUUCAUAGUUUGAAUCACAUUUCAGUAACAACAUCAGAUAAAAGCUCUUUGGAGAAGAACUUAUUUUUAAAGAUACCAAGUUUCACCACUAAGAUCCCUUAUGAUAUUUCGUUAAGAACGAAAGAGUUGUCUCGUGAAAGGAAAGAGAGACGUGUUUACAAGCAGAACGGUCUGUCACGGCGUUUCGCUAAGAUAUUUAGAGACUCUGCUCAGAAAUUAGGCACUGAGGCUAUGUUUGGUGCUUUUGAUAGAGUAGCUAAAGAGAUGAGUGUGACAGAGUACAAUGCAAUGAUUGGUGUUUACUUAGAGCAUGCUGAGAAAAGCAAUGAUCUAGAUUAUGCUCUUGGCCAUAUUGAGAAGGCUUUUGAGCUUUUGAAAUCUAUGAGAGAUCGUGGAUUUUUGAUUGAAGAAAGAGUUUAUGGUCCUCUUCUUGGUUAUUUGAUUGGUAUGGAUAUGGUAGAUGAGUUUCAUAGUUUCAAGGAUGUGAUUAGGGAGGCUAGUCCCGGUUCCGUUGAGAGACUUGGUUACUAUGAAAUGCUUCUUUGGAUCCAUCUUGGUGAUGGAGAGAAGAUUGAGGAACUUUGCAGUACAAUUGAUGGUGAUAACGGUGAAAGCUUAUCAGUCUUGCAAGAAAAUUAUCUGCUUGCACUAUGUAAAAAAGACCAAAAGUACCAUCUUGAGAGGCUCUUAGAGAUUGUAGACAUAACAAAAGUUCGUUCGUCGGACCUAUUGGCAAACAUAUUUGAAUAUCUUGGGAGGUUUUCAUUGGAUUCUGUUGCGAGUAGAUUCCUUUGGGAGCUAAGAGAAAGUGAUGAAGGAGUGAAGAACGUUUCUGAUCUCAUCUCUAUCUAUUCUACUUGCACCCCAAAUCCAACGGUUGAGGAUACAAUCUUAAAAUUUAACAAGAUGCAUGAAGAACUUGAUGUUAUGCCUUCAUCUACAUCGUACGAAAAGCUUGUUAAGUAUAGCUGUGACUCGAAUGAGGUAGUCACUGCUCUUGAUGUAGUUGAAAAAAUGGGUGAAGCAGGUUUGAUGAUAUCCGCAGAUAUCCUACAUUCAUUGUUACAUGCCAUUGAUGAAGUUCUUGAGUUUGAUUUGGUGCGAAGAAUCCAUUCAAUUAUGUGCACAAAGAGUGUGAAACCUAAUACUGAGAACUUCCGGAGCAUUAUACGUUUGUGCACAAGAAUCAAAGAUUUUGAAGGUGCAUAUAAUAUGCUUGGUAAUUUAAAGAACUUCAAUUUGGAACCAAACUCUAGCAUGUUCAAUUGUAUAUUGGCUGGAUAUUUUAGGGAGAAAAAUGUGAGUAGUGCGUUAAUGGUCGUCAAGCAAAUGAAGGAAGCUGGCGUUAAACCUGAUUCCAUAACUUUUGGUUAUCUAAUAAACAACUGUACCCAGGAGGACGCUAUUACUAAGUACUAUGAGGAGAUGAAGCAAGCAGGAGUUCAAGCUACUAAGCGAAUUUACAUGUCCCUGAUAGAUGCAUAUGCAGCAUCUGGGAAGUUUGAGAAGGCGAAACAGGUGCUCGUAGAUCCAGAUGUUCCGGCUAUAAACCAAAAUGAACUGAAAAGUGUGCUUAUUUCGGCUCUUGCAUCACGUGGAAAAUGGGCAGAUGCCUUACAUAUAUAUGAAGAAAUGAGGAAAGCCGAAUGCCACGUAGACCCGAAAUCGAUUAUAUCUCUUAUAGAAUACUCUGAUUCAAAGGGAGAGUUAAGUACGCUAGUUCAACUGGCUGAUGACCUACAAGAUGAUACUAGUUGGAUCGACGGUUUCUUCAGAAUGAUUUUGUUCGCUGUCCGCAAUAAAAAGUCAAGCGAUAUUGUUGAUCUGCUGAAACGGAACAAGGUCCGGUUGUUAAAGAAAGGCAUACCUGUGGAAGCUCAUUUUGACGAGGUGUUUUGGGCAAUCGCAGAGACAGAGCCAUCCAAAGUGCAUCUAGGAAUGGAUUUGCUAAGAUUUAUGAAAGAUGAGCUCGGGUUUGUUCCUUCAAGAAAAUGUCUAGAUUUUCUCUUACAUGCAUGUGUUAAUGCCAAGGACCUGGAGCACGGUCUAUUGGUGUGGAAAGAGUACCAAUCUGCAGCAUUCCCUUGCAACGUCCUGAGCUUUCUGAGGAUGUAUCAGGUUCUACUAGCUGCAGGGGAUUCAGAAGGUGCCAAGGCAUUGGUGUCAAAAAUUCCAAAAGAUGAUAAAGAUGUACAACAUAUCAUCGAAGAAAGUCAGUCUGCAUUUUCUCAAGCACCCAACAAGAAGAAACCAAAAAAGAAAAUGAUUGUUUUAUCAACAAAGUAGUGAUUUUGUACAAAAUUUCUUUAUAUUGUAAUUAUGAAGUGAAAUAUUAUAUGGACGUCCAUAUUCUGUUGACCAAUUAAAAAAAAAAGAAUUUUCUUUCUUUUUUGUUUUUUUGACAUCAAAUUUAUCAUUCUUUUC